CUCUCCCUCUCUCCUCUGUGUGUGUCUGUGAGAGUGCUUUGUAUUCUUCUUCCGGGCAAGAAGUGGGAACGCGUCAACUUCCUCAGUUGCUUGCCAGUCUAUAAUACCUUCACAUUGGUUCAUACUAUGUCUGCCUAAAAUUCACUUUUCCUCAUAUAUAUAUAUAUAUAUAUAGAGAGAGAGAGAGAGAGAACUCUGAUAUUACACACUCUGCAACAACGACAACCACCACCUCAACCUCAAAGCCAUGGCUUGGCCUCCUUUUACUUCUACGACUUUAUGGGUACUGUGCGUUUUGUUUUUGGGUUUGGGUUCCCGGAUCUGUUAUGGGUUCGGGCCCACGUUCGGUUUUGACAUUCACCACCGAUUCUCCGAUCCAGUUAAUGGAAUUCUCAGCGUCGAUGACCUCCCGGUGAAGGGAAGCGUGGACUACUACGUCUCCAUGGCCCACCGUGACCGCUUAAUUCGCGCCCGUCACCUCGCUGCCAUCGACGGCCAGUCCUUGCCGCUCACUUUUGCCAAUGGAAACGACACGGUUUUGAUCAGUUCUUUGGGAUUUUUGCAUUAUGCCAAUGUAUCUGUAGGGACACCAAGUAUGUCAUUUCUUGUGGCAUUAGACACUGGUAGUGAUUUGUUCUGGCUACCAUGCGAUUGUAAGAAAGACAGUUGCAUUGAUGGCUUGAAGUCAUCAUCAUCUGGAAAGGAAAUAAAACUAAACAUCUACAGCCCUAAUACUUCAUCAACAAGCAAAAAGGUUUCCUGCGACAGCACCUUUUGCGAACAAAGGCCAUGCUCAUCAGCAAAUAGUAACUGUGCUUAUGAAGUUGCAUAUCUUUCUAGUAACACCUCAUCCAUGGGGGUCUUGGUAGAGGAUGUUUUGCACUUAGUUACAGAUGAUGAUCAACCAAAAGUUGUUAAUGCUCAGAUUACUUUUGGUUGUGGUCAAAUUCAGACUGGCACUUUUUUGUCGGGUGCAGCACCAAAUGGUCUGUUCGGGCUUGGCAUGGAAGACAUAUCUGUUCCAAGCGUCUUAGCAAGAAAUGGGCUAGCUUCAAAUUCUUUUUCUAUGUGUUUUGGAGAUGAUGGGAUUGGGAAGAUCAAUUUUGGAAAUAAUGGCAGCUCAGAGCAAAGAGAAACUCCAUUCAGUGUUAGGCAAUCGCACCCAACUUAUAACAUCAGCAUCACUCGAAUAACUGUGGGAACCAGUGCUUCUGAGCUUGAGUUCAGUGCCAUAUUCGACUCUGGUACAUCAUUCACACUCCUGAGUGACCCUGCUUAUACUUUUAUUUCAGAGAGUUUCAAUUCCCAAGUCCAAGAAAAGCGGCAUUCACCUGAUUCUGAGAUCCCCUUUGAAUAUUGUUAUGAACUAAGCGCAAAUCAAAAGAACUAUACAAUUCCUGAUAUGAAUCUGACAAUGAAAGGUGGAGACCAAUAUUUUCUCAAUGAUCCAACUGCAGUGGUCCAAACUCCAAAUGGUGGAUAUUUGUAUUGUCUGGCUCUUCUCAAAAGUGAAAAUAUAAACAUCAUUGGACAAAACUUCAUGGUUGGUUAUCACCUAGUUUUUGAUCGUGAGAAGAUGGUAUUGGGUUGGAAGGACUCAAACUGCUACAAUGCUGAGAAUUCGAACAUUCUGCCUACCACACCAUCACACUCUCCUGCUGUUUCCCCUGCUCUUGCCGUCAACCCGGAAGCCAAACAAAGCAGUGGUAACACUUCUCCUAUACCUGUGGCGAAUCAUUCACCCAAGUGGAAGUCCUUUACUUGCACACUCACGAUUCUUCUUGUUUCAUACUUAGCUAUUGUUUGAUCAUUCUUUUUAUAUGCUGAGGUUUUCUUGACCCCCCCAUACAGAACCCCAUUUGGAGGCAUUUUCUUUUCCUUUUGGCACACAAAAAGUAUUGGAAGCCUUGUUUGUUGGCUUCCUGUUUUUGGUGUUUAGUGGCAUUAAUUUGAACAUUGGAUUAUACGUAAUAUAAUUUUUUUUUGUUAUUAUUAUUAUAGGCAGAAACAGUUGUUAAUUUCUGAGU